AGAAAAUUACAUACCAUAAGUAACUAAUCGCUGGUCCACUCCCUGCCCUUUCCCGGGUAGUCAACCUCCACGGGGUACUAUCGAAAUAUGCCUCCCCCGCUUGCGAACAAAAGCAAAGGAAAGGGCCGCGAAGUGAGGCGGUCCCGCAGUCGUAACACAACCCCUAGUUCCGCCAGCACUAAUACUGUCACGGGAAUCGGAUAUCUGGACAACGAUAUUUCAAAAAUCCUAGUGCCGACGUCAGUACAGUAUUCCGAUAUCCUUGACAGGUUAGGAGGAAGUGGCCAUAUUCCAGAGCCGAAAGCACUUGAGUCAUUGGUGGAGCAUCUAAAGACCCUCAGUCAGCUUGCUGAGACGAGAGGUGAGGCAUGUAAUGCUGGAAUAAGGGAAAUAUCACAGAAACGCAAGGAAGUUUUUGAGGAGUUGAGGGAACGCGAACAACUUGAUCGAGAUGCAGAAGAAAGGCUGAGAAUGAAGAGAGAAGCAGACGAUGACGAGGAUAUGGGCCGAGUCUCGAAAGGAGGAAAGCUUAAAAAGAGAAAGGAUAGAGGAAUUGCCAGGGACGAGAGACCUUUAUCAAACGAGGCCCAUGGAGUAGCCAAGCAGGAUGGAACGGAUUUGAAGACAGACAUUCCCCAUCGCCGCGGUGGGAAAGAUUCGUUUAUUAUGACUUCACCUAACUCUAAGAAAGCAAAAAAUGUCGUAUCCAGUACUUCUUCUUUAUCGCCCUCACCAUCUCCUGCUGCCACUGGUCCUGGGGACCAGCUCUCAACUGCUGACUCGCCUAAUUCGACGGAUAGCUCAGAUUCUCAGCAGCCUGAACCUACCCCCCCUAUUCCGCAGUAUCAAGUGUUCGGACCAAACCCUCUCGCGUUCGAUGAUCCUACUAUCUAUCACAUACGAGAUGUUACCCCUGGAAUGACAGACGAUGAGAAACGUGAGAUUUACAGUGUUGCGCAGUUUCCAAAGAGUGACCUCAGCCAUAUGAUGACAGGAACUCCUCCAGACAAAGAUUUCAGCAAUGCAAAGCCUACUAAUCAAGUCAGCGCCAACACAUUCGCCACCUAUAUUGAACCCUAUGUUCGCCCUCUUACGGAGGAAGACAUUGCAUUUCUCAAGGAGAGGGGUGACCGGACGACUCCCUUCCUCUUGCCGCGCAGAGGUAAAAAACACUACACUGAGAUCUGGGCUGAAGAGGACGGGUCAGUCAACGUCGAUUCCACUACUCAAGAUCGAGAACAGCUUCCCUUGAACCAAGGUCGUAGUGGCAUCGAUCAGAUGACAGAUGAAAUUGCAGAAACGGAUCAAAUUUCUGCUCCUCCCCUAGUCAGCCGUCUAUACUCUCUGCUUCGUUUCGAACAUCGCACUCUGCCGGAGGAAAAUACCGCUGGGACUGCUUCGAACAAUGAGGAUACCAACAUGAACGGCAUCGUGAAUGGGGACACAAUGGACAUAGACAGUCUUAUAAGUGGUGUAGAACCCGAAACCAAACCCCUUAAUUCUGCGACAACCUUUGUGGAUGCUUCCCCAAACGGCUUCAAGAUCCCAGCAGCCAAGCUGGAACACGGGCAAUUGGACGAGCGACUGAAAGCUGAACUCCGCUAUGUCGGAAUUUUUGGCCAGGAUGAUAACCCGGACUACGACGCACACUAUGAUGAUGACAUCGCUGAACGCUUGCGUCUCUUGCAAGCUGAGUUGAAGAAGCAAAUGAUUGCCAACGGUGCGCGCAAGGCCCGUCUACUUGAAAUCGCUCGCGAACGCCUGGCAUACCAGGAGUAUAGCACGAUUCACGACGACCUUGAUUCUCAAGUCCAGCAGGCAUAUCUUAAACGUACACGCACCCUUGGCAAAAGCAAAAAGGGCUCGCAGGCUAAACACAAACCCGGUGGUGCGGGAGGUGGCAGCCACCCUGUCGCGCCCAAUGCUUCAGGAGCGGGUGUGAGCAGGCCCGGAAUUGGCGAUGUGGCCCGUACGCUUAUGGAUCGUCGGAAGCGUUGGUCAGAUUGCAUUGGCCCUGUAUUCAAAGAUUGCAAAACAACAGUCCCCGGAAAAGAUGAAAGUAUCUUUGACCCGGCAGUUAUGGAGGAAUAUGAGAAAGCGGAGUUGGAGGGUUGGGAUGAGGAACAGGAAUAA